AUGUCAGGCGAAGGAUUUGCAAAGCAUGUCGGCAUCGAGACAGAGUUUCUCAUAGCUCAGAGGCCACAUGCAUCCAUUCGACAGCCACGCUUGUCCGGCGACGAUCGCUGGCCCGAUUCGCAAACACACAAAGAAAACUACACAGAAUACAAUGCGAGCCUGGAUACUUUGAUGGUAUGCCAGGCCGUAGCAAAUUGUGGCCUUCCGGUUGCAUGUGACAUCAAUCAUACAGAGCCUCAAGACCCUUUGACUACAGUCCAUGAGGGUGAACUUGUGGGAGAGACGAAGGAAAAUGGCACUGCGGUCACACACAUGGUGAAUCUUGAGGACCGUGAUCAUCCUUUUUGCAAUACUGACCCUCCAUGUGUGUUGCGAGUAUGGAACAGGAAGUCAGCCUACGAGAGCUUCCCGGACCCAGGAAUUCGUUUCCAGCAUUGGUUCGUAGGCUCAGAAGUCAUCGUCGGUGGUAACAACGACCGUCCUCCAACAGAUCAUACCUGGUUCGGCAUGGAAAUAAGUUCGCCAGUCAUCUCUGAUCAGGAAGAGAUAGAUAAUGGACUACCAGCUUUGAAAAAAGUAUUCGAGGCGCUGAGAAACAACAUUUUGAUCCGCCUUAUCCCAGAAUGUGGUAUGCAUAUUCAUGCUAGUCCUCCAUCGGCAUCAGUAAGUCUUCCACUUCUCAAAAGGGUGGUCGCUGUGGUUCGCAUACUCGAGGAGCCCCUCAUCAUGGGACUUUGCCAUCCGGCUCGACGCCUUUCAUCUUGCGUCAGAGCCAUCGGCCGUGAGUCAAUGCUUGCUACGAAGAGCCGGGUUGAGGAGAAAUGGACGACGUCAUCUGCGGAAAGCUUCAUACAGGCUCUUGAUGGCUUUCGUUCCAAGCUGGAGAACAGGCUUCCUGACGAGCCAAAGGUAUUUCGGUUCUUGGUGCUCCUAUAUGCAGCGAGCACAAUAACUGACCUCCAGCGAGACUUGAGAUACAAGAGCGUAGGGUUUCAAAUCGCGUCUACGUCUCGUUGUGGUAUCGCAGUCAGUGGCAUCGGAACUGUGGAAUUUCGAUACCCUCAGUCGACUUUUGACACGGAAUGGGCUACCUUUUGGGUGAAAUUUGUGCAAAAAAUCUUCCAAAUAUGCGACCAGCGCGACGAACCGUUUUCCGAAAGCUUUCAACGCUUGUACGAAAUGGGCACUAGGCAGCAAGCAUUGGACUGGGAGAGUUGGUUAGCAGAGCUGGACCUCUCCCAGUAUCGUGAAGUUUGUCACCGUUAUAUUUGUGGAGGAGAAUCUCGGAGCACACCCAAGAUAUUGCCAAAGGUCGGCGGCAAAUAA